GAGGCGCCGCCCGGCCCCAGCAAGUCUCCAACUUUCUUCCCGCCGCCCCUCGCCGCCGCCGCCGCCCUCCCGGAGCCCCGGCGAGCCCCGCGAUGCUCCGGUGCCGCCUGCCCCUGCUCGGGCCCUGGCUGCUGCUGCAGACCGUGUGUGCUGAGGGCCACAUCGCCAAGACCCUAGGGUACCUGGAGCUGGGCACCUCUGGCCUCCUCAAGGAUGUCCCCUAUGGCACCCUAAAGCCCCCGAUGCUCGACCCCGGGCGGCUGAUACCGGCCGAGCUCCCCCGGGGCGCCGGGCAGCCCAUCGGUGCGGCGCAGAGCCCCUGGGACUGGCAGAAGAACGGGACGGCCGGGGAGCUGCUGAGCCCCCGUGCCCGGCGCAAGCCCUCGCUCAAGUCCGGCCGCACCAAGAAGAUCUUUGGCUGGGGUGACUUCUACUUCAACAUCAAGACGCUGAAGUUCAGCCUGCUGGUGACAGGGAAGAUCGUGGACCACAUCAACGGGACCUUCAGUGUCUAUUUCCGCCACAACUCCUCCAGCCUGGGCAACGUCUCGGUCAGCAUCGUGCCCCCCUCCAAGGCGGUGGGCUUUGAGGUACUGGUGCCAGCGCCCCCUCCGCCCCCUCGCCUGCCCCCCCAGCAGAGCACCCUACCCGAGGGGCGCCCGGCCAAGGCCCUCAACUGCCACGUGGAGUACGAGAAGACCAACCGGGCGCGGAAGAACAAGCCCUGCCUCUACGACCCCUCCAAGGUGUGCUUCACCGAGCACACGCAGAGCCACGCCGCCUGGCUCUGCGCCAAGCCCUUCAAGGUCAUCUGCAUCUUCAUCUCCUUCCUCAGCAUCGACUACAAGCUGGUGCAGAAGGUCUGCCCCGACUCCAACUUCCAGCACGAGAAGCCCUACUUCGGCUGACGGCCGGGGAGCACGGAGGCGGGUGCCCCCCCCCCGGGUAUCUGGGGGCUGCCUCCCCCCUGUUCCCCGUUCCCCACCGUGGCCGGGCUCAGCCCCACGCAUGGGCUCUGUCUCGGCAGGUCCCGGGCUCGGUGCCCACGUCUGGGGGCAGCCGGGCUGCGCGUACACGAUGACACCCCCGGGGGUCCCCAAGCUGGGGAGGGGGCAGCACCCCGAGACCCCCCCCCCGGACCCCCG